AUGGCCUCCGAGACCCCCUCUGAAUGGCCUCUUCUCAGAGGUGGAGUGGAAAGAGGAGCCAGGCAGCUUCCUCAGGUAGGGAAAGAGCAACGGGAGCAGGGAGGAGGGAAGAGGCACAGAUGGGACCACCCAGCCUCCCUCUGUGUUGAGUGGGGAUGAUGGGGAUCUAAGAGCAGCUCUGUUUUCUUCUUCUUCCAGGCCCUCUUGACCUUUGAGGAGGUGGCUGUGUUUUUCACGGAGGAGGAGUGGGCUCUGCUGGAUCCAGGCCAAAGAGCUCUGCACAAGGAAGUCAUGGAGGAGAAUUAUGAGAUGGUGGCCUCUCUAGGUAAGGGCAGAUUUGUAUUCCUCUUGGCUGUUAGACGUUGAAGGUGUGAAUCUUUAGGUCAAACCCUGUAUGUACUCUUACGAUAUUUGCAACUUUGCUUUCCCCUACUCGUGUGGUGCAUCUUUAUAGGCUCUGGUUAUGUAAUCCCUUCCUUUGAGGUCGUGGAUACAGAUUAAUUUGAAACGACUGGAUGAUUUGCAGCCAAAAGUAACUAAUAUUGUCUUUUUCCUUGGCAGAAUCAGACCUCAGUUCCUGUUGGGAAGAGAGACAAGAGCCAUUUCUCCAGGAUCCCAAAGAAGGAGAUCUUAGAAGGUAGCUGCUUAGAUGUAUUGUGGGGCACAAGCCUGCUGCCUUUAUGUCCUGCUUCUGGGCUUCCUCUCACAGCAUCUAGCUGGCUUCUGUAGGACUAAAUAAAUAGACCAGGUGGGCAAAGGCAGCCUUCAAACGCUCUCCAGCUGGCCUUUGGCCAUCUCCCUCCCCAGGCCAUGACCCAUUACCUGCCCUGCUUCACAUCCUCCUUGAGUCCCUUUUUCCUGGCUGGGUUGUGUCCUUUAAAUCUGCUUGCCUGAUUGGAGGAGAGAGGGUGGGUUUUGUUGUAACUCCACUGCUCCCCGAAGGCGACAUUGAAUAAUAAUAAUAUUAUUAUUUAUACCCCGCCCCUCCGGCUGGGUUUCCCUAGCCACCCUGACCAGCUUCCAGUACAGUGGUACCUCAGGUUACGAACUUAAUUCGUUCUGGAGGUCCGUUCUUAACCCGAAACUGUUCUUGACCUGAGGUGCGCUUUCGCUAAGGGGGCCUCCCGUGCCACUGGUACUCGAUUUCCCUUUUCUUCCUGGGGCAAAGUUCGUAAUCUGAAGUACUUCUUCCGGGUUAGCGGAGUUUGUAACCAAGCGUUGUAACCUGAAGCGUUUGUAACCCGAGGUACCACUGUACAUAUAAAAACAUCAUAAAACAUCAUAAAAUGUUUUACAUUUGUUGUUACACCCCCUUCCGCCCCUGGCCCCAACAGAGCAUGAACAUGCACACCUGAAGCUGCAAAAGUUGACAAUGUCUAGGAGGCCUUUGGCCUGGUCCAGUAGGACUAUUCUUGUAAAGACCAGAGAUGUCCUCCAGGCUUGAGUUUUCCCUUUCUUUGUGCUGAGAUAUGUCUCAAAUUAAAAUAUCCUCUGUGGUGCCACUGAGCUGAGGUUAAUGUACUGUGAGGUUCUUUUCACAAGUGCCCAUGUGCCCUUCUCAUAGCAGGAAGGGACAUGCUUGAGAACAGUAAAGUCAGUGAAGCAAAGAAUUGGACUCAAUGUGUAAUGAGCAUGUCGGCUUCUGCCAUGCAGUAUGAGUGAUAUUUUCAUUUUCUCCCUCUCCCUAAACAGGUUACAGGCAGAAGAGCGAGAGUUAUGGGGAGCCAUUGAUGGUGUCAUCAGAAAAUGUGGAGCGUGAAGCAGGGGAAAAGAUGGAAAGGAAAUCCUCUACUACGCAGGACAUUGAUAUCCAUGUCACCCUAAAACCACAGGAAGAAUGCACAGGGAGCAGCAGUGUGGAGUGUGGAAAAAGCUUCAGUCAGAGUGGAAGUGUUAGUUUACAUCAAAGAACCCAAACAGGGGAGAAAGCGUUUCAAUGCACAGAGUGUGGAAAGAGCUUAAGUAGUGCUGGUAACCUAGUCAAGCAUAAAAAAACCCACACAUGGGAGAAGCCAUUUAAAUGCAUGGAGUGUGGAAAGAGUUUCAGCCAGAGUGGAAACCUUAUUGCACAUCAAAGAACCCACACAGGGGAGAAACCAUUUACAUGUAUGGUGUGUGGGAAGAGUUUCAGUCUUAAUCACCAUCUUACUUUACAUCAAAGAACGCACACUGGGGAGAAUCUGCAUAAAUGCAUGGAGUGUGGAAAGAGCUUCUGUACCAGUAGUUUCCUUACUGUGCAUCAGAGAACCCAUACUGAGGAGAAACGAUUUAAAUCUAUGGUGUGUGAAAAUAGCUUCAGUCUUAAUUACCGUUUCACUCUACAUCAAAGGACCCCGGUGGGAGAAACCGCAUAAAUGCUUGGUGUGUGGAAAGAGCUUCAGUUGCAGGAGUAACCUUACUUUACAUCAAAGAACCCACACUGGGGAGAAACCCUUUAAAUGUACAGAGUGUGGAAAGAGCUUCAGCCAGAGCGGAAAUCUUACUGCACAUCAAAGAACCCACACAGCAGAUAAACCAUUUAAAUGUAUGGUAUGUGGAAAGAGUUUCAGUUUCAAUUACUCUCUCACUUUGCAUCAAAGAACCCACACCGGGGAGAACCCGUUCAAAUGCAUGGAAUGUGGAAAGAGCUUUCGUGCAAGUAGUGUCCUAAUUGUGCAUCAAAGAACCCACACUGGGGAGAAGCCAUUUAAAUGUAUGGAGUGUGGAAAGAGCUUCAGGCAGAGUGGAAGACUGACUGCACAUCAGAGAACGCAUACUGGGGAGAAACCAUUUAAAUGUAUGGAGUGUGGAAAGAACUUCAGCCAGAGUGGAAACCUUACCACACAUCAAAGAACCCACAAAACAGAGAAACCAUUUAAAUGUAUGGUGUGUGGAAAGAGUUUCAGUCUCAAUUACUAUCUUACUUUACAUCAGAAAACCCACACCGGUGAAAAACUUUUUGAAUGCCUGGAGUGUGGAAAGAGCUUUAGUUGUAGGAGUGCUCUUACCGCACAUCAAAAAACCCACACAUUGGGGAAACCAUAUGAGUGCAUGGUGUGUGGAAAGUGCUUCAGGCGUAUGAGUAACCUUAAUUUACAUCAAAGAACCCAUACUGGGCAGAAACCAUUUAAAUGUAUGGAAUGUGGAAUAAGCUUCAGCCAGGGUGGAAACCUUAUUGCGCAUCAAAGAACGCACACAGCGUAG